GAACGCACCACCGACUACCUUGCGAUGUUGACCCACCCCGGAGUACAUCGUCAUCGUCUGGAUCUCAAACAGAACUGCAUUUGCGCCAUUCAACAAAACCUCUUGGUAGAAAAUGUAUUAGUCGGAUCUAAACGCGUGCGUGCGCGUAAUUGCGCUGCAUCGUCAGUUCGUCGAAGUCCAACUCAUCAAUACAUUCGAAAGCUACUGCAUCCUCCGUAUCAACUUUGCGUUCCAUCGAAACCGUUUGUCGUGGACAGUGAAUCGAGGACAGUUUCCUAAGUUCCUUUGCGACCCACGCACAACUACAUUUAAUGGUUGUCAAAGAUUCACGCUAGCAUGCGGACCGUGCUCGACCUUCGAACAGAUCCCUUUGCUCACGAUCAGUUAUACACAGGGUGAGAACGUGAAGACACAAUGUGUCUAUUUGCAGAGACGACCAGACUGUGCUGAUAAUGUAUUUCCCGAGUUGCUACUGUAAGCACAAUGUAUCGUCAAAGAGCGGAUCGAAAGGGGUGUUCCUGUAUUGAUUAUAGAAACUUAAGUAAGCCGGCAAAUACUGGCAGAGAGCGAAGUAUACUAUGGUGCAGUUCACUUAUGCGCCGCUACAUUUGUGCAAAUUUUCUGACGUUGCGAGAACAAGUCCCAGGAACUUUCUGUCU